UUCACCCAUCAACGUCUAACAAAACAAGUUCCAAUCUCUACACUCUCAUCAUUUUCUUUCUCCCCCCCUUCUUUCUUCUUUCUCAAAUCUUCCUUUUUUCUUUUCAUUGUAUUUUCUUAGAUCUACCUGGCCUUUACUACGUAUUCAACCCAAACCCAUUCCUCGAAUAUCGAGAUCAAGAAUAAGCAUCCACCCAAUGUGGUUAUUGCCAUUUAUAGUGGUCGUAGUGACUGAAGUGAAGCAUAGAGAGAAUAAGAUCAAAGUUGAGGUUUUUAAAAGUUUAGAAUCCGAGGCAUAGAGUUCUCGAGAGCUUAUUACGGUUCCGUUUGAACCAAACAGUAUCUGUAAAGACCCCUCCCCAAAAAAAUAAAAUAAAAAUGAGUUGAGUCCCUUUUUGAAGAUAAAAUUUUUAUUUUAUAAGGGUGUGCGUAAAGAGUUAGCUUUAGCAUGCGUGUAUUGGUUUUAAUAAAGGGAGGAGCGUCCAACAAUAGAAACACAAACUGAGUAAAACAAUGCAAGAAACCAUGAAGAAGAGUGGAGGUGCCAAUGAAGAUUCCAAGAAGAAGGAACGGCAUAUUGUUACGUGGAGUCAACAGGAAGAUGAUAUACUGCGGGAGCAGAUUAGUGUACAUGGAACUGAGAAUUGGUCAAUUAUUGCAUCUAAAUUCAAAGAUAAAACAACGAGACAGUGUAGAAGAAGAUGGUACACAUACUUGAACUCGGAUUUCAAGAAAGGGGGAUGGUCACCGGAGGAAGAUAUGCUCUUAUGUGAGGCCCAGAAGAUAUUUGGUAACAGAUGGACAGAAAUAGCCAAGGUGGUUUCUGGGAGAACUGAUAAUGCUGUGAAGAACCGGUUUUCCACAUUGUGCAAGAAGAGAGCAAAAUAUGAAGCUUUAGCUAAAGAGAAUAACCAUUCAUACAUGAACCCAAACAACAAGAGAGUUUUAUUCCAAAAUGGGUUCAAUGCAGAUGGAACACCAGAAAAUACAGCACCCGUUAAGAGAGUUAGAAGGUCGCACAUCCCUGAUCUCGCAGAAAGCUGCAACAUUGCAAACAGAUCACAUAGGCAAUCUGGAACAACAAUGAAUCCGCAGUUAAGACCUCCAUUUACAGUGUUGGUUCAGAACUUACCCAGUGUCAACAGCUUGCCAGCCCAGCAUUGUGAUAUUAAGGAGGCUUCCAAUAAUGCAGCUCAGAACAAUAAGACUCAAGGAAUGUUUCUUAAAAAGGAUGACCCAAAGAUAACUGCUUUGAUGCAACAAGCAGAACUUCUUAGCUCACUUGCACUGAAAGUUAAUACAGAGAACACAGAACAGAGUUUGGAAAAUGCUUGGAAGGUUCUUCAAGAUUUCCUGAACCGAAGCAAAGAAAAUGAUAUCCUAAGAUAUACUAUCUCUGAUAUCGAUUUUCAAUUUGAAGAUUUUAAAGACUUGAUAGAGGACUUAAGAAGUAGUAAUGAGGAAAGUCAUCCAUCCUGGAGGCAACCAGAUCUAUAUGAGGACUCUCCAGCCAGCUCUGAAUACAGUACUGGAUCAACUCUAAUUCCUCGUCCAGUCAGUGAUAAACCAGAUCAAAUUCAAGCUGAGGUAGACACAUUGCAUCAGGAUAUUGGAGCUGAAUUACAAUCAAUUCAUAUUGGAGAGCAAAAUUGCUUUGGAGAACAAAAUAAAGGGAGUGCAAACACAAAUGAAGUGGAGUUAUUUCCCCCUGGUGGUGAAGACACAAACAACAACGGAGUUGUCUCUGUCUCAUCAUGUACAGAGUUUAGUUCCCCCCUCCAGGUUACCCCAAUAUUCAGAUCCUUAGCAGCAGGAAUCCCCAGCCCAAAAUUCUCAGAAAGUGAGCGGAAUUUCCUACUAAGAACACUUGGAAUUGAGUCCCCUUCCCCCAAUCCAAGCACCAAUCCUGUACAACCACCUCCCUGCAAAAGAGCUCUUCUCCAAAGUCUAUAACCAUCUUCUCUGAUCCACUCACUUACAAAAAUCUAAAUGGUCUAAAUCUAAACAAUUAUAUCUCAUCUUUGAUCCCUAGGGGGAGUAUAGCAUAUAUUGAGUUUUUUUGCUUUCUCUUGUUUGAAUUCAGUUUCCUAGGAUUGCAGCCAUCUCAGCCUAAAAUUUUACAACUAGGCUUAUACAAGAUCUGCAUUCCAAGACCCGUAGUCUAGAAUGUUGUUGAGCAUUCUGGACUCUCAGAAACAUCUAACAUGUUCUGAGUCCAUUUCACUUUUUUUCUUAAAUUUUCUCUUUCAUUUCCCUAGCAGAGGAGUACCCUAAUACUCUCUAAAAUCCCCGUGGGUUUUUAUAAUGUGUGUCAUUCUUUUGUUUGUCUUCUCAUGUGAUUGGUUUCGGGCAUACCUUCUUCCAAUCCAGUUUUUGGCCUUGAUUUGUCAUUUGUACAGAACCUGCUAAAUAAACCCCUAGUCAGUGUAAUUAUACAUCGGCACCUCGCCUAGAUAUGAUUAAAGAAACAGAUGCAGAAAAACAAGUAAAGAAGUUUAACCAGUUGAUCGGAUUCGUAUUUGUUGUUUUUUUGGUGUGCAAAGGGUAUAGAAUAAGUUUCUGCCUAAUAUAUUUUUGUUUCAUUUCCUUGAUUUCUAAUGUAAUGUAAUUUGAUAUUAUUAGUGUGCAAAUCUGUUUUGGCUUUGGCGUGUAUACUUCUACUAUCUACUUGACCUUUGUUUGAAUCAAUGCAUUGUAAUUUGUGAUAA